UACGUUCUCAUUCUAAUUUUCAACCCUCUCUUUCUCUCUCUACAAGACUUUCUCUGUCCACAACCAUCAUAGCAUUAUACCACCCCUUCCACCACCCUUCUCUCUUUUUGUACACAAGACACACACAUCACAACACAACACAAGAAAGAGGAGAGGGAGAAAAAUAAAAACAAAAACAAAACAAAAGGUGGUAGAUGCAUGAGCCACAACACAACACAACACACACAUUAUCUCAUACCACACUCACCACCUUGUAUUCCCCAAAAUUCCCAUAAUUCCCCUUCUCUUGCCUUUUGUCUCAGAUUUCUCACCACCCCACUUGCCUCCUCUCUUCUGUACUGCCACCUUGCCUCAUUUUUUUCAGGUACAUUUCCUGCUAAAUUCAAGGAAAAAGUUGGUAUUAUUGGAAGUUAAUCAUCGUGCUUUGAUGACUUGGUAAGAAAACUUGAACUAACAAUGGUAAGUUUGAGAAGGCGCAGACUUUUGGGACUAUGCUCAGGGAACAGUUCCUUUGUCACUCCACUUCCUCUAUAUUGUGAGAACCUAUCUGGUUUUGAAAACUCAACCCAGCAAGCAAAACCGAAGACUGAACAGCCUGGGCUUUCCGAUGAUGCCAGCAUCUUGGACAGUAACACCGUUGUGCAAGAAGAACCAGGAUCAUCAAAUGUUUCUGGUUCUAGCUCAUCAAAAGAGCAUCUUAUUCAACAAAUUACAGCAGGACCUCCUAUUAAACGCAGAAAGCGACAUAGAAGAAAGAAUUUGCACAAUCAAGAACCAUGCUUAAUGAGAGGUGUCUACUUCAAAAAUAUGAAGUGGCAAGCAGCAAUCAAAGUGGACAAGAAACAGAUCCACCUAGGGACUGUUGGGUCACAAGAAGAAGCUGCUCACUUAUAUGACAGGGCUGCUUUCAUGUGUGGGAGAGAGCCCAAUUUCGAGCUUCCCGAGGAUGAGAAGCGGGAACUUAGCAAAUUCAAAUGGGAUGAAUUCUUGGCCAUGACUCGACAAGCAAUCACACGCAAAAAACACAAGAGAAGGCUUAGUCCUGAACCGGGCAAUAGUCAUGAAAUGCUUCCACUGCCCAAAGAUGAUUGGGACAGUAAGCAAGGAGUGAGUGAAGAUGCAGAGCAGGAAACAUCAGUGUCUUGAAAAUUAUGAUUCUGGAAUAACCAAAGAGUGAAGAUGAAAAAACUUUAGUCCUAACACUUCAACUCUAUAUGCUAGAUUCAUUUUUAUUGUAGAAAAAUGCAGCAUUGUGUCAGACCUUGAUAGGAUUGACUAUUCUUAAGAUUAUAUGCAAAUUACAACACCUUAACCCAAUAAAGUGUUCAUCACAUGUUAGUCGUGUCAACUAUCAACUGUUGAAGUCAUUAUAAAAGUCCAUCAAACUAGUGCAAAAGUUUCUUCUUCCACUUGGUGGAAAUAAAUAUACUGUUCUUCA